CGAAAUAUCUCCUCUUCUUCUUCGCUCUCAUCCUCCACGUUUCUCUCUCCUCCCAAACUGCCGACCCGAACCCCAUCGCCGGCCCACACCGAGCUGACCCGCUACGGCUUCCCAAUCGGGCUCCUUCCUUCUCCGGUCAAAAACUACACCGUCAACCCCCUUAUCGCCGACUUCGUCAUCGACCUUGGCGACGCGUGCAAGAUCACGCUCCCGCCGGACAACUACUUGGCCACGUAUUCCAAGAAAGUCUCCGGCAAAAUCAACCAAGGCCGGAUCGCCGAAAUCAACGACAUCAAUGUCCAGGCCUUCUGCCAGUGGUGGUCAGUCACCGGAAUCAGGUCCAGCGGCGAGAAUUUGGUGUUUAAGGUUGGGAUGGUGAUGGCGAGGUACCCUUCUAAGAACUUCAAUGAUAGUCCUGCUUGUGAGGGCCGCCGCAAGAGUCCAUAGCUGGAUUGUUGGGAUCCACAUUCACAGAGGAAUUUAGAAAAGAAUUGAUAGAAUCAUUGAUAUUAAGUGCCGCAUCAAAACCAUCAAGAUUAACAUGAGAAUUUGGAAGUCCAGGUUUUACUUUAAACAAAUGGUCCAAGGCCUAUAGCUGGUGGUCUGAUGAUAAAGGCAGGGGAAGACUUCGAAAUAGGUGUGAUAUCAUUCCAAUUUCCAACUAGCAUCAUGCUGUCUUUUCGCAACAAAUGGUGAAGAUGGUGCCUUAGAAUGGGUUUCUGGAACCCCUGAAAGGGAUCCAAUAGUCGGUUUUCUAAGGAUGAGCCGAUGAGAUUUGCUGAGAUUGCUGAGAAACCGAGGAGAGAGA